UCAUCGUACGAGCAUUAUGUGUUGUCACCGAAAAAGAAAACUAUUAUUGGCUUUUGAUUGGUUCAAAUCGAUUUGACAGACAGUGAACAAUUAAGUGAAUUUUUUAUACUUUUUUUUAAAGAAAAAUCUCGCCACAAUUUUGUAUUCCAAUACAUGCAGAAUGAACGGUAGCAUUAAAAUCUAGUAGUAGUGAUUCAAUUGCGGUUAAAAAAUCAUCAUUCAAAAUCGAUUUCUCGCAAGAACUUCGAAAAAAACAAAGUUCGAGCAACGUAUCAAACAUUUUUUUUUCGGUGAUUAGAGAAGAAAGGAAGAGAAAAAAAACGUAAGAAGAACGAAAAGUUAUAAAGCAAAGAACGUCGAAGACAAGGCAGUUGGAAAACGCACACUCCAUUCAAGAGUAUACAACAAAUCCAUAUAUACGUGUAGUUUACGCAUACAGUGAAGCGCAGAGAGUCGUUCAUUCGCCCAGUUGACGAAUUGUUGAAUUGUGUGCAUGUUCAUGCAUACACACAUCAGACGGGCAGGCAGGCAGGCAGGCACAACAUAUUUGAAUUUCAUCGUCAUACGCAUUCACAUUCGUUGUAUCCCGUUCGUAUUGGAAAGGAGUGACUGUGUGUGUCACUGAGUGAGAGAAAGAAAAAAUAUAGUCAUCAUCGUGUUUCGAAUUGAAAGUUCGUACAUCGGACGGCCCAACCAAUAGUGAGAUUGUUCGUACACGCAGAUACCACUGAACAUACAUCAUAAAUACAAACCAGUAUCGACGACAAAGACACAAUGGCAAAAACAUAUGAUUAUCUGUUCAAAUUGCUGUUAAUUGGUGAUUCUGGCGUUGGGAAAACUUGCAUCCUAUUCCGUUUCUCAGAAGAUGCGUUCAACACAACAUUUAUUUCGACCAUAGGUAUUGAUUUUAAAAUUAGAACGAUCGAAUUAGACGGCAAAAAAAUCAAGCUUCAAAUAUGGGAUACGGCCGGUCAAGAACGUUUCCGAACGAUAACCACAGCUUAUUAUCGUGGCGCGAUGGGUAUCAUGCUAGUAUAUGAUAUCACAGAUGAAAAAUCCUUCGAAAAUAUUAAGAACUGGAUUAGGAAUAUUGAAGAGAAUGCUUCGGCCGAUGUGGAAAAAAUGCUCUUAGGGAAUAAAUGUGAACUCAAUGAAAAGCGACAGGUAACAAAAGAGCGUGGUGAAAAAUUGGCUGUUGAAUAUGGCAUCAAAUUCGUAGAAACUUCGGCUAAAGCGAGUAUCAACGUUGAAGAGGCCUUCUUCACGCUUGCCAGCGACAUCAAAGCAAAAAUGGAAAAACGAAUGGAAACGAACAAUCCACCAAAAGGCGGCCAUCAACUGCGUGCCUCAGAACCAAAAAGGAAAGCCGACAGUUGGUUAUCACGAUGCAGUCUACUUUGACCUGGUUACAAUUAUAUUAUGUGUGUAUAAAUGAUUAUUACCCAGAAAAGUGAAGUAAAAACAAGAAAUCACAACACAAAAUUUCAUGAGAAAAUCCAUCAGAAUUGUAAUGAUAAAAAGAAAAAAAUUAUCUUAAACAAAUUGAAAAAGUGAAAUGGAAACUGAGAAUUAUUAUUUAAUGGAUAUUUGUAAAACAGAUUGAAUAAAACACAAAAAAAAACUUAUAACUAAUAUAGCGAAUAGUUUUGGUGGUGAGACGUAGAGAAGUGCAUAUUAAAAAUUGUCUGUAGUUCCAUAAAAAGGAGUGUCCGAAUUCCAAACUUAAUUGCUCGUGGAAGGCUGGUCCCCUUUUUUUUGCAAUUUCGUAAAGUCAAUAUGUUGUGAUCCGUUGUUGCCCGCGCAGUCAAUAGAAACAUAAAAUGAUAAACUGCUCUGCUUUUCGCCAUUGAAAUUAUGCAUAAUUUAAAUGAGGAUGUUGUAGAAAACGUUAUAAUCGAAAUUAUUAGCGCAUCACAUUGCAUAGAUUUUACCAUAAAAAUGCCAACAAUUUGUAAUAUUUCUUUGCCGUAAAUUUGACCAACCAACACAUUUCUAUAGUAAAUUUGUAUAAGAGUGAGAAGCAGCAAAGGCUAAAGCUAAAAGUCCAAGCAGACAAAUAUUUGGUGUGAAUUUGUUUAAGACCAUAUACCUAUCGAAAUGGUAAAUCAUAUAUGUUCCGAUUGUGAUGAUUUCCACUUUUCUGAUCACCAUGACACAUUCGCUACAUAGAAUAACGAGCCAAAAUCAUUUUUGUUCGCCAAACGUUUAAACACAUUUUCGAGAGAGGAAAAAGAAGAUGAUGCUGACAGUUUUCUUUUUUAUUUUUCAAUGUUUGUAAUAGUACCAAGAACGUCAAUGUUGCCCAGUGGUAGCCGAUAAAUAUGUGGUUGUUGAUAGCUGUAAGUCGGUAGAUCAAUAAGAUCAUCAAAUAGAAACGAUAAGAAGAAGAAGCACAUUCGCAGCAUUUGUUCCUAACUCUAAGUUUUCCAAUGGGGUCAUCAUGUUCCGGCAUUACUGAGUUCAAAACUCAAAUUCAUUUCGACAGAUUACAAAAUAUACCAAACAACGAACUAAAACAACAUAUAAAUAAAUGCUCAUCUUAUUUUCUUACUCACAUAACCACACAUACACGGAUAUUUGUAGCUUAAACGAAUAAUCGAACCGAUCAAUCGAUUUGAUUUGAUUUGAUUUGAUAUAUAUGCAUGUCAGUAAAGCCGUUUCAAAUAUGCAUCGUGAAUCAAUCAGCUUUAAAAUAACUGUAUACUUCUGAUUUCAAUCCAGGUAUUCAUUUGACAGUGGUCAUACAAUGAUAUAGCUAUUUUUAUAGCCCAUUUCCUCUCGCCCUCCCAAACUAUCAUAAAAAUGCCUAUCGUUCACACGAUAUUAAAUACGAAUUGUAUGUAUUGGACCGGAAACAAAAUCUAACUUAUCUUGAAAAAACAAAACUCUUUCUACUGUAUUUCUACGUGUAUGUAAAUGAUAUAAACCAAUAAAAAUUGUUUAUUACAAUUGAGAAAACAUUUUUACGGAACAUGUAUAGAAUUCAUUCAGGUUUGAAAUUGAGCAAUAGUUACGAGCAACACAGUGCUUUAUCGAGAGAAAAAAAAGAAGAAAUAAAUCAAUGAAAACAAAUAUGCAGACCGAUAACAAUUUGUAGCGCAAACAAUUCUCACAGCAACAACAACAAAAUCACAAUGCAUUUUUGUACAAGUGUAUUUAAUAUUUUUUUAAUUAAAAUGGCAAAAUGUCAAUUACAAAAAUGGGUGAA